UAUUUUAGGUUGAAGAAUUUCCAAUGGUAUGGCAACACUCCUUUGAUAUAACGGUUUUCUGUGGACAGAGUCAAUACAUGUGUACAUGUGUCUGAACCUGCAAAUACAUGUGUGUUUUAGCUACAAUACACAAUCAUAUUUUUGUUUAGCACUUUAAAGGGCACAUAGGGAACAGAGUAAAUGACACUAAACUCACAGUAAACGCAGCAAAUUGUAAUUAAAAUGAACAAAUAUAUAAUUCAUAAUAUAUACCAGAUGGAUACAAAAUAGGGGUUGGCAAUAAGUACUGAUUAUGACAAGAAGUCUUUAAUUAGACACAGAAGUUAAUAGCAUUAAAAUCCCUGUGUCGUCAGCUGAGGGCAGUAUCGGUGUUUCACAGAUGUCCUUGCUCCACAUCAGUGAAGUCACUGCGAUCAUCAGCACACAUUCAACACUGAGCUGUCAGCCACAGCAGAGUCAGGAGGAGAAGGGCACGGAGCUAUUCAAAGAGCUGAGUUAAUGAAUUUGACUUUUGAUGAGAGAAGUUAAUUACCAUGCAAUGCGGUGAGACUAGGUGGCACAAGGAUUGAAAAUGUGUUGCUUGCCGAUGAAAGAUUACAUUUUCGCACAAGCGUCAUAAAAUGUAUGUGUUCGUGCCAACAUGCAUGCAGAAAGUGUAUCCUCUCUCUGGGUCAGCUCUGUUGUAUAUUUAUGUUAAAUAAGUAAACUGUUUAUAAGGAUACACAGUUGUGUUUACAUUUUCGGACAUAUUUUUUAAAUUGUAUUUAGUUUUUCGGAUAUUCUUCACUAAAAUUAAAGAAAUAACUUAUGCCAUCAAAAACUCCUUAUAUUAUUUUCUGGGUAGACCCAAAAUAAAUAUGGCAAUGCUGUAUUUCAUGAGCUUUUUCAUGUAAUUGUUAGUCCAAAUAAAUGCCAGAAACAAGUUGUUUAUUUCUGUUCAGAUAUUAUUCUCUCUCCGCUAAUAUUCUUUUUGUAACAGGAGCUUGAUUAUCAAAAAACAUCCUAAAUAUCAUGUCAGGCUUGUCUCAGUGGUUGCAGGGCUAAAAUAAUAUCCUAAAACCAGCACACCUGAAUAGGAUUUAGUCAAUUAUCUCAUAUAGUUCCACCUGUGUUACAGUAUUGACCAAAAGAAAGGGUUUGAGGGGGGGAAUGCCCUAUUCACCAGGUGUAGCGGUAGCUGCAUCAACCUGCACCCACGCAGGUGUUUUCACUUUGCCUAAUUAGACCUUUUAUCAGGAUCUGUGUGAGUGUGACUGACAGCUGGCUCAAUUGUGAGAGAGGGACAAACACACUGGUUCCAAGUUCUCUCUCACAGCACAUGUGUUACUAAUUACAUUAACGAUGGCUCUUUUCACAAGUCCCAAUAGUCAGUGGACAGUAUGACAGUGAACAUGCACAAUACAGGACCCAUAAACUGGAGGCAAUGGGGUAGUAUGUGCAUCUACUCAAGUACUAUAAUCCAACGGGGGCUUUACAUAGUUUAUUUAGCUUAAGAAGUAGGUGUUUUCUCAACUCAAAAAAAUAACACUGAAUCAUUCUGUUUAUCAGAUAAAUCUAAUUCAAAAUCACCAACAUUAGAGAUACGUGGUUUUAACUGCGGAUAGAACGGAUAUUACAUAUUAAUUUUAAUCUGGAACUAAAUCAGAUACGUGUUGUGAAGUAAAAAGUAGGUUAUUUACCUCUGAGAUGUUGUUUAGUAUCAAAUGAAAGAAAAUGAAACUACUCAUUUAAGGCACAAGUAGCGCAUGUUCCCCUCAGAAUAAUGCUUAAUCACAACAAGUGAUCAUAUACCUUAACAGUUCAGAAUAGAUAAUAUUGCAUCAGAUCGCCCUCUAGCUGUGGACGUUGAGAACAUCUGUGAAGAUAUUUAAUUGUGUGUAACUCAGACUUUAGUAUGUCUGCAGCCCUGUCUGCAACACCUGCAGUUACAGAGGUGGGAUAAGUAUUUAGAUUGUUUAUGAGUAAAAGUAGCACUCUAAAAAAAAGUAAAACAUCCUGUAUUCAACAUAUAAUAAAACAAUUGCACAAAGUAUCAAACUGUAAAGUCUUUUUUUUGCAGCUCGGAUCCUUUUAGUGUUCUAUACAUAUAAUAAAAUAAUGUAUUGUGCAUUAUUGUUGUGUUGGAUAUGCUGGAGGUCAGUUUAAUUACAAUUAUAUUUAAACAAGUGAAUCAACGUCAGUGCAGUGAAAUAAUUUCUGCCUGUUUACAUUUGCUUUUAAAUAGUGUACCUUUUACUGACUGGACAGACAUACUUAUCUAUAAAUGUAUAUGAUCGCAGGGAUUUCACUUGAAGUGUAAUGUUUUUUUACAUUGAUGUACUUCAAUGUAGGAGUUCCUUUUUCUACCACUGUAGAUACAUAAGCACUGGAUCUAAUACAGGAGUGACAGAGUCAAUCCAAGUAUGUUUUGGGAGUGUUUCUGCAGGACGAACCCUUCAUGUGACCGUGUUACACAUCUCUAAUGGCGACAAAGUCUGGCUCUUGGAUCUGGAGUCCACAGAUCGCGAGUGUUUCCUUCCUUAAUCCGACCUACGGGUUCGUGUCAGGUCGCGUCUGGUUGCUGUAAUAUCCGUGACUGCCACGGUGACUGUGGCCUAAAAUAACCAGUUUUCCUUAAAUCUCCGCAAGACCCCACAUCAAAACAAAUCGACCACGCGUGCUUACCCCGCAGCAAUGACGUCACGUAAGCCCUCCCCUUUCCCGCGAGUAAAAAAGAAAACAUUGAGGAAAACGUCCGUGUCAACCGCCGCACGAGUGCACGAUGCGCGCGGGGUGCCGUCAGAGAGGAAAGCCGACGUCCAUUCAGCGGUUCCCGUGUGUUUUAAGCAAACUUCGAGGAUUUGGGGCCAGCGAUGAAGGGAGAGGCGGAAGUGAAGUCACUUGACAGACCGUCCAUGUUAUUAUUGUUAUUUUGGUAGCCCUGUGAUGAGACGCGCUGGGGAGCCGCUGGUCUCCGAGACAACACGACGGUUAACGUCACCGCAGGGGCCCCGGACCGACGCCGCCCUCAGCACCAGCACCUCCUCACUGACCGGAGACGGGAGCCUCGCUGACUGCUGGAGGGAGGGCGUGAGGACCCAGCUCCAGCUCCGCUCCUACACUCCGGACGACCACAAAUAAAACGGCGACAAAAAACAAUAACUGCGUUCGUCAAACGGCUCGACUGGUCUCUGCACGGUUUGUAGCAGGGACGUGCCGCAGCAGACAUGAACGGUAUCACCAAGGGCCGGUUCGAGGUGUUCUCAAACAGCGACGAAGCGCCCAUUAACAAGAAGCUCCCAAAAGAGCUUCUUCUUCGAAUAUUCUCCUAUCUAGAUGUGGUUACACUCUGUAGGUGUGCCCAAGUUUCCAAGGCGUGGAAUGUCCUGGCCCUGGACGGCAGUAACUGGCAGAAGAUUGACUUGUUCAACUUUCAGACAGACAUAGAGGGCCGCGUGGUGGAGAACAUUUCGAAGCGUUGCGGAGGCUUCCUGAGGCAGCUGAGCCUCCGGGGCUGCCUAAGCGUGGGAGAUGCCUCCAUGAAGACGUUUGCUCAAAACUGCAGAAACAUCGAGGUGUUGAACCUGAACGGCUGCACCAAGAUCACAGACAGCACGUGUCUCAGCCUCAGCAAGUUUUGCUACAAACUCAAGCAGCUAGAUCUCACCUCCUGUGUGUCCAUCAGCAACCACUCCCUCAAGGUCCUCAGUGACGGCUGCAGAAUGCUGGAGAUGUUGAAUCUGUCAUGGUGUGACCAGAUCACACGUGAUGGCAUCGAGGCUCUGGCUAGAGGCUGCACUGGUUUACAAGCACUCUUCCUCCGAGGCUGCACACAGCUGGAAGAUGGAGCAUUGAAACACCUCCAGAAACACUGCCCAGAACUCACCACCAUCAAUAUGCAGUCAUGCACACAGAUAACUGAUGAAGGCUUGGUGAGUCUGUGUCGAGGGUGCCACAAGCUGCAGAUCCUUUGUGUGUCUGGCUGCAGUAACAUCAGUGACGCCUCCCUGACUGCAAUGGGACUCAACUGUCCCAGACUCAAGAUCCUUGAAGCUGCACGUUGCUCCCAUGUUACAGAUGCCGGGUUCACUGUGCUGGCCAGGAAUUGUCAUGAGCUCGAAAAAAUGGACUUAGAAGAAUGUAUUUUGGUGACGGAUAACACCCUGCUGCAGCUGUCUAUCCACUGCCCUCGCCUGCAAGCACUGGUAAAAAUGUACACCUGCACUUCAGAUUGUUUGCCAGGUUCUUCCUCAUCUUGUGUGCAUACGUAUGGAGCUUUAAUCCAUCUACCUGUGUUUCUUUUCCCUGGUUUGCGGUGUCCCGGACAGUCUUUGUCCCACUGCGAGCUGAUCACAGAUGAUGGCAUUAAAGCUCUGAGCAACAGUACCUGUGGCCAAGAGCGCCUCACUGUGGUGGAGCUGGACAACUGCCCCCUCAUCACUGAUGUGACCCUGGAGCACCUGAAGAGCUGCCAUCGUCUGGAGCGCAUUGAGCUCUACGACUGUCAGCAAGUCACCAGGGCUGGCAUCAAACGCAUCCGGGCCCACCUCCCGGAGAUCAAAGUCCACGCCUACUUUGCCCCAGUGACACCCCCUCCCUCUGUACAUGGAGGUGGUCAGCGUCUGUGCCGCUGCUGCAUCAUCCUCUGACAGUGGAGGUCCAGGGGGGGCCACCUCUGUCUACAGGUCCUGAUGCUCUGAUAUGGGCUGAUGGGAAUGGGAGGAGGGG